AACAUGGAAUCAAACGUUUACAUUUCAGUUACGCAAACAUCAAGAUGAAUUACAUUUACAUGUCUAUGAUGAUGAUGUCGUUGGUCGAGAUUCAAUUGGUUCAAAAACAAUUAAUUUGAAGAAACAUGUCUUCGGCAAAGGUGUAUACGAUGCUUGGGUUAAAUUACCCGCUCAUUUAGGUCUUGGUUCACAUGGUGAAGUUCAUGUUAUCAUUCAACAUAGUGUAAAUAAAAUUAUUUCAUAA